AUGUUUGCUUUUAGUGGCUUCAAUGGCUUUGGCCAGUUCGGCCACAAUCGUCAGCGAAGCGGAAACGCUUUUACAGAUAUCUGUUUAAAAAAGUUAAUGACCGAACAACAAAGUACUUCGCUUAUAGCAGUCAGUUGGAGUUACGCUGCCUACGCCACAGAAAAUAAGCUCGUGCUGCGUGGCUUUUUAUCUAGUAAACCCAAUACCACAAUAUGCGUACAAACUGCAGAGAUCAUUACACAAUUGGCUGCUUGUGAUAGAUUCUGUCUGGUGCUAUGUAAAAAUGGUAAACUAUUUAAAAUUCGCCCUGAAAUAGAAGCGAAACUGGAAGAGGUGAAGCUUGAAGUUGAAGUGCAUUCGUUUACCCAAAAACGUUCGAUUUUCGGCGAACCGAAGUCAACAGUAAAUAAAGAAGAAUGCUUUAUCGUCACCCACAUCGCGUGCGGCUCUAAUAUCACAGCGGCUGUUAGUGCGACAAAUGCAGUCUAUAGCGUGCCCAGCAAAAUUCAUCAAUUUGCAAAGCACUUUCGCGUGCGACAAUUGAUAUGUGGGUUCGAACAUGCACUGCUGCUUAGCGCCAACGGUGAUAUCUAUAGUUGGGGCAACGGAUUGUAUGAAAUUUGUUUUCUAUCAUUGAAAUGUUCCAGUCUCGUACAUACUUACUUUCUUUAUUUACAGAUAAGUUUUAUUGCUGCUGGCGGCUGGCACAGUGCAGCCAUUUCCGCUUUCGGCGAUCUCUAUACCUGGGGUUUCAAUUCAAAUGGCCAAUUGGGUUUACGUCUGUUCAAAAUAACCGCUGCGGGAAAUAUUAAACAGCCAACAGUAUUUACGUUGCCACAAAUUGUAGAAAUACCAGAGUGUAAAUGCAUGCAGGCGAAAGAUUCUACAAUGUGUGAUGAAAUAACGCAGAAUGAGGAUGCUACUGGCGAAUGCCUACCAGUGAGAGUUUAUGCAGGUGCACGUCAUACGCUUUUGCAAAUGAAAUGUGGCGCAUUGUGUACGGCUGGCUGGAAUGCACACGACCAAUUAGGUAUUGGACAUAAAGUGGAUUAUUGUGAUGAAUUUAGAAAAAUCGAAAGCUUCGAAGGUAAAGUUGCAGAAGGGAGCAUUGUUUGCGGAGCGUGGUGUACUGUAAUUGCUAAGAAAAGCUAACGAUUAAAUUAGUAUAAGUAAAAUGUAGGUACUUGUAAGCAGUGGAAUCAAUUAAUUGGAACUACUAAGGUCAACUAAAGCUCAAGUUAAUUGAUCCGUAACAAGCUUGUUGUACUUGCGAAUUUAUAGAAUGACUAAUAGCGUUUCCACUUAAUAUGUGAACAAGUUGAAUAAUAUUUGAUUUCUGUGAAAUUCAAUUUUAGCCAAUAUACUACUAGAUUUUUCCAAUUUUUUAAAAACUUAUGAAAUAAUUUGACAAAAACGUAACUUAUGAGUAAGUACUAGGAAAUUUAAAAUAUGUAGAUAUGUAUAUUGUAUAAAACCAUACAUACCAAUUCAGUAACUAAAAGAUGUUCGAGUAUGCUUUAAAGUUGUUCCCAGGAUAAAUUUGAAUCUAUUUUCUGCUAAAA